UGAGUACAAAAAUAUAGAGGAAUAUGGUUACAUUAUGUCCAUGUUCUUAAUGAACAUUUAAAAUGAAGCUCACGUAUUAACCUUGCAAGUUAUUACAGGCCAGCGCAUCUUGUUUACGACUCAAAGUGUGGAGAAAUAUAAAAGAAUGAAUCGAGUAAUAAUCGCAUGCACCCUUCUCUCGGUGGCCGCUGCAGCCGUCAUUCCUGAAGAUGCUCAAGCCCAAAUUGUGAACUACGAGAAUGACAAUGACGGCCUUGGAAAUUACGAGUUCAGCUUCGAGACGUCCAAUGGCAUAAAACGUGAAGAAAGAGGGAGAUUAGUGAAUGUUGGACAAGAGGAUGAACAUAUAGUCGUGGAAGGCUCGUACUCUUUCCUAGACGACACUGGAAAACUCGUGUUUAUCAGAUACACUGCUGAUGAAAAUGGAUAUAAAAUUGGACCAGCACCCUCGCAAGAGGUCAUAUUUCAGCCGCCGUUCGCAGCUGGCGUUCCGUCAGGAGUAGUAGCAUCUUUAUUGGGAUAAUAUGAAGCAAGGAUUUAUCGGAUAGAAUACUCAUCAAUACGAAAAGUUGUUUAGAUUCAUAAGUCUACAUUAUACUGAAAUAACAGUUUUUUUACUUUCUUUGCGCAGAAUUUUACAGAUAAGAAUUGCAUAAUGAAGAAGAUUCAGUUUAUUACAAUAUUCACAAAAAAUCUUAGCUUAAACAAUAUUGUACAUAGAGGCUACAUUUUAUUAAAAAAAAAACUUUACAUAUGUAAAUCCAUAGAUCUGCAGUAAAAUCAAAAGAACUGUAUACUUAGACUCUGUUAGAAUAUUAGUACCUAUAAGCCUUUUGUAACAAGUACCUAUUUGAAAAUAUUAAACAUUUUACUUGUAUAAUGUUGAAUAUUCAUUUAUUAGACCUACGCUUCAUCAUAAUUAGGGCGACCACAUAUUGACAGAUUGACAGAUCAGGGAUUAAUUCAAUUAUUUUUAAGCAUCCAUUGCGGUAAGGCAUAUCGUAAUUAUCUAUGCAACACGUAACAUAACUGGUAGCGGUCAAAUAUUUACCAUAGGAACCUUGCCGUGUGCAAUCAGAACUACUAAUUAACUGUGUUUGUUGAAACUUAUGUGUGAAAUGUGGAAUAGCGAAAUUACCCACUUGUUGUCAAUACUGAAAUUAUGUUAUGUAAAAAAUUACCUGUGUACACACGGACACAGUCAUGUCAAUGUACUGCUUGAAAUAGUGAAUACGCCUAUAUGUGAUGAACCUUCAAUUGUUGUAAAGCCUUAACUAGAGCUAAUAUAAUGAUACCUCUCUCUGAAAACAUACAGAAUAGUUUCAUAAUUCUUUCGGGCAAUCCCUCCCCCCUACCAUCUUCACAG